UUCAGGUGUUACAAUGAGAGAGAAGAAAGGUGGAGCCUUACAGAAACUUAAGAAAAGAUUGUCACACAGCUUUGGAAGACUUUCAAUAUCACGAGAAGACCACGAUGAAACAACAAAUAACCACCAUCAUCACCAUAAUCGUAGUAACAAUAAAAUGCCAUAUAAUGGAUAUUCAGAAGAGUAUUUAGAUCGAUUGGAGAACGGAAACAUACCAGUUGAUAAUAAAUCGUACAACAAACAUUGGUCAGCAAGCGAUCAUGGGCAAGUGCAUAGACAAUUAUCAGUAUCGUCCGAUAGCAAACUGUUAGAUGAUGAUAUUAGAGAAGAGACUCGUGUGAUAAUGCGGCCAAAGAAACCACCGCGACCUAAAUCGGAAGUUUUUCUCAACAAACAUGACCCGCAUCCAAGACGAAAACGCUUUUCAGCAUUUGGAGGUGAUUCACCAUUUGGCAAAUCAGAAGCUUAUGUAAAGUUAGAACAACUUGGCGAAGGUUCUUACGCAACAGUGUUCAAAGGAUUUAGCAAUUUAACAAAUCAAGUGGUAGCGUUGAAAGAGAUCAGACUGCAGGAGGAAGAAGGUGCACCUUUCACAGCGAUUCGAGAAGCUUCACUGUUGAAAGAAUUGAAACAUGCGAAUAUUGUGACACUUCACGACAUCGUUCAUACGAGAGAGACGUUAACGUUUGUGUUCGAAUAUGUGAACACUGACCUUUCACAAUACAUGGAACGCCAUCCAGGUGGUCUCGAUCAUCGAAAUGUCCGACUUUUUCUCUUUCAAUUGCUUCGUGGUCUCACAUAUUGCCAUAAGCGUCGUGUACUUCAUCGCGAUGUAAAACCACAAAACUUGCUGAUAAGUGAAAUUGGUGAAUUGAAGUUGGCUGACUUUGGAUUAGCACGUGCUAAAAGCGUUCCAAGUCACACGUAUUCACAUGAGGUCGUGACGCUUUGGUAUCGUCCGCCUGAUGUUCUUCUUGGUAGCACUGAAUAUUCAACAUCGCUUGACAUGUGGGGCGUCGGUUGCAUUUUUGUCGAAAUGAUAACCGGCGUUCCAACCUUUCCUGGCAUUCGUGAUACUUUCGAUCAGUUGGAUAAGAUUUUCAGGAUACUUGGUACACCCAUUGAAGAAACAUGGACGGGUGUGACGCAUUUACCUAGUUAUAAACCACAUAAGUUAGGCUUUUAUCGACCUCGCAAAUUAGGAUUAAGUUUUCCACGUCUGUACGAUAUUGUUGAAGGUGAAGCGAUGGCUAGUGCAUUAUUACAGCUCAAUCCCGAAGAUAGAAUUGGUGCUGAUAAUGGCUUACAGCAUUCUUACUUUGCCCAAUUGCCUAAGAAGCUCUAUGAGCUGCCUGAUGAAACAUCAAUAUUUACUGUUGAAGGCAUCUACUUGUAUCCAGAACCGAAUCGUGAUCGACACAAUAACUGAAACUUAAGGAAAGCCAUAACGAUGGAUGAUAUUUGUUUUUUCUAUUGUUGAACACAUUUUUUUAAUUUUUUUCCCCAAUCUUUAUUUUAAUUUCUUACGAUGAACAUUUAAAAACAUAAUCAAAGAGAUUCUGUGUGAAUUCUCGUUGAAAUAAAAGCAAAACUCUUUUCAAAAAGAACAAGAAAAUAAAUAAAAAUUUGAUAAAUGAAGGAAAAGGAAAAUGUGUGAUGAAGCUUAGCGACUGAAAGUGCCAUAAUUUUAAAGUGACGCAAGCCAUCGAUGAGUAAGUGACGAUUAUGGAUGACCAAAAUUCGUACGCAGGCAAAGUUUAAGGAAAAGAAUGAAACAAACCAGCGCCACAUUAAAAACAUAAAAACGACGAAAAAUUGUUUGUUUCUAAUCUUUUUCAAAAAUGCUUAUUAAAUUAGACAAAUGAUUUGCAUUACAUAAAACAACUGAAACAUGAAAAUGAAAGACGGCAGCGAAGCUCGAAAUGAUAAACGAAGAAAAUAAAUGUUUUUUACAUCAUUCAUGGAUAACACCAAGAUUCAAAAGUUGAAUGUUUCAUAGAAUUUUUUGUAACUAGACAUACAUGUAGACACAAGUAAAUUCCAAAAUUUAUCGCAAUAAACCCACAAGAAAUAUUCAUAAAAGAAAAGAAAAAUACAAACAAGUAGCAGCUAGAAAUUCUUUUUUUAAUUUUGCAAUUGAUGUUUGUCGACUUUGAAAGUCUUUGUAAUGCGCGAUAGAAUUGUAGAGGAAAUUUCUCCUUAGAAUAUUUUAGCUCCCCUUUCAAUCACAUUAUCAAUCUAAAUUUGACUCUUUUAUUUUGAGGAAAAUAUUUAAUUGCGAUUAAUGUGAUAAGCUAACAGAUUAAAUGAGAAAUUGAUCAAUCAAAAUGCCGCCGCCCUCAGAUAGAUGAAAAAAAAGUUCCGAGUGCUUGAAAAAAUGAAAAUUAACGUCCAAAUAAAUUCUCUUAUGUCAUAUGCGAAAAAGAAUUUUUUUUGUUGCAAAAUGCUUCAGCUAACUCGCCAUUGUCUUGUUAAAAAUUUGUUCUACAGAGCAUAGAAAUGUCGACUGUAAAUUCAAAAUUCAUUUCGCUAAAUAUCCUGAAUCAAUUCUGUCCUCGUUUUUCUAUCACACAAUCUUGGUCAACAUAAAAAUUAGAAUAAUGAAAAUUAAAAAAAAGAAAAAUACUAAAAAAAUGUAAUUGUGAUAAAGAUUUAAGAAUAGUCGUUUUCUUUAACUUCUUCUUCAUUAUCUAGUUGUUUGAAUGAAUUUUCACUCAAUUUUCAUUUUUUUUUGUUUAUUUUUCAUGAAACAGAAAAUGUUUCGCUGUGUAGGCUGUUUAGGCGCGGCGCGCUAUUUAGCAGCAAAUUUUGUUAUAAAGAAAGAAGAAGAAGAAGAAAAAAAGGAAAUGGGAAAACCAUUAAGAGAGAGAGUGGAAAAUGAGUUUUGUUUUUAAUAAUAAUCGAAGUAAAAAUUAAAGUCUAAUUGAGAUGAAAACAGGAAUAAAACAACAAAGAAACAAAUUAAUGAAAAACAUAAAGAAAAUUUAUAUUUAAUUGAUGAUAAUGAAAAGAUGUAAAUAAGUUUAAAGAAGAGAGUAAAAUUAAAUUUUAUUUGUCAAAUGAAAGUCCCAAAAGAGAUGAAAAUUGUUAAUAAAUUCUGUUUUUCCUUCCUUUGUCUAAGACUAAAUAGAAAGAAAUGAAUCGUAAACGAUGUAAAAUCAUAAAGAGAUAACUUUAACCUUUCUUGCACAUUCACGUCAUGAAAACUUUUCCUUUCACACAUCCAUGCAUUAAAUUCAUUCUUCAAUCAACAAUUCAAUUAGUGAAAAACAAAAUUAAAAGAGAAAUUUGAACGUAAAUGAACUGCACCAAUUAAAUGUCAUUUUCAUUAAGCGGAAGUUGUUAUAGUGAAAAUUAAAUAAAUAAAAUAAUUGAACUAAAUUUAAAUAAAUAAAAAUAAGUAAAUGAAGAGAAGGAAGUUGCACAAAUUUAUUUUAAAUGUUUUCACCCAUAAACACAUCCAUAAUGCAAGUUAACACUUUGAUGGAAGAUUUUUUAAAAACCUCUCCAAAAGUCGUGUUAACUUCUUCACAACGCGAUUGCAUUUAAUUCAUUAAAUUUAAGCCUAAAAAAUUAAAUCAAUUCCUUGCGUCCCUCCAAAUCAUUCAUAUUUGAUGAUGAAUCUCGAAGGAAACGGAAGAAAUGAUGAUUCUUCCUGAAACCAUCAUCAAUGCAGCUCAUUAUAAAAUUGCUAAUCAAAAAAAAAAUCAAGAAAUUCUUUUAAAUAAAAAUUUCGUCCAAUAGUGUAAGCUCGAGUUAUGAUGAAUGAUGGAAGACAAAGUAGACACACAUUAGAAGACUAAAGUUCUUUGAUUUCAUACCAAAUAGAUACAUAAAGAGCGAUUGUUGGUCCCUUAGCAAAUAUUACGGAAGACUAAUAGAAAAAGUAAGAAAAAAGUUACUCUCGGGUGGAAAAAGAAAUUGGAAAAAUGUGUGGAAUUGAACUGCCAUAGAAGAAAGAACUUUAAAAGAAAAACUCAAAAGGAUUUUUAAGGCAUAGUCGAUAAAUUGCCAAACUUUCGUUUUAAUUCAUUCUUGCAACUUUCACUUUUAUUUUGUUUUAUCUUUCUCCGUUCUUCAUGAGACAUAAAUACAAAGCGGAAGAAAUUUAAAGGGAAACUUAUUGAAAAUGUCUCGAAGAAAAGAAUUUAAACGAAAAGAAGCUUCACGAGUCGAUUUUCCGGCGAGUUGUCGUUUUAAAACGUCAAAGUCAAAAGAAAAUUCUAAAUUGAAUUUUUAUAAAUCUCUUUACAAGGAUUAUGUUUAUAGUCGAUUGGAGAUGGAGAAAUUGAUUGAAAAAUUCCAAAUCAACAGACAAACUCGUCGUCUAAAUCGUCUCAAGAUGUUUACACAAACAAGCAGAAAAAUUUAAUUAUUAAAAUAUUUGUAAAUAGCAGAAAUUAUAAAAUGAAAAUUGUUUAUAAUGAAAAGGAAAAAUAAAAAACAA